UUGCGUUUUUUGUUUUUUCCCAUACAAGUACAGUACUGUACAGCGUUCGCAGUUGACAAGAGGCCACUUAAAGUGUUACGAAGGCCCACGCCUUUGGUUCUUGUUCUCUGAGGGGGUGUGUUUGAUCAUAUGAGCGAGCACGUGUGUGAUUCUAUGACCGAGCUAGGGGCUCUCUGCAAAUGUGAAUUUUUGGCAUUUCGACAACUACAGAAUGUCUGAGAAAACACCAUUGUUAUCUGGAGACUCUCGUGCCGAAUCGUUCGAAAUCGUGUCUAACGCUUCCAUCUCGUCCCUGGAUGCAUCAAAAUUCGCGUUCCCAGCUGGCAAGGGAUAUGCGUCUAUAUCGCGAAUUGAAGGUACUCUGAAGAAAAGGCGACGAGCUCACGAGUUGGAAGAUCCAGGAUUGAGUCACAAGGUCUUGUCGUCAUCGUUUGAGAGCUUGGACUAUGAUGUUGUUGAAAGUGAUUUAUACCUUCAUGAGGAAACUGCCAAGACACAUUCGGAUCACAUGAAGAUAGCAGUUGCACGUUGGGUGGUCAUGUUCUUGAUUGGUGCUUUGACGGCAGCUGUUGCAGCUGGAGUGGAUAUCGCUAUUGAAGAGUUGGCUAACGCAAAGCACAAUCUUGUCUUUGAAUUAAUCAAUGAAUGCCAUUCUAAUAAAUGCAUGGCUGGGCCUAUUGCCAUAUGGCUGGGGAUUAGUGUUGUUCUUGUUCUAGGUGCAGCUUUUUUAGUGGUUUACAUUGAGCCAGUAGCUGGUGGCAGUGGGAUUCCCGAAAUCAAAUGCUAUCUUAACGGUGUCAAAGUUCCACAUGUUAUCAGACUUCGAGCAUUUGUAGCAAAGGCUGUUGGUGUUAUAGGAUCUGUAGCAGGAGGACUACCUGUAGGAAAGGAAGGGCCUAUGAUUCAUUCUGGUGCUAUAAUAGCUGGCGGCAUAUCACAGGGUCGUUCGGAAACACUACAUAAAAACACAGGCUUCUUUACGUACUUUCGAUUGGAUCAUGAGAAGAGAGAUUUCGUAUCGGGAGGAGCAGCUGCCGGUGUGGCUGCAGCGUUUGGUGCUCCAAUUGGUGGUGUUUUGUUUGCACUAGAGGAAGGUGCUAGUUUUUGGAAUCAGUCUCUUACAUGGCGAAUAUUUGCUUGUUCGAUGACAUGCUCGUUUGUUCUCAACUUGAUCUUGUCUUGGUACAAUGGAGCUAUUGGUGAACUGUCUAAUCCUGGUCUUAUCAACUUUGGUACCUUUGUGGGUCCAGCAUAUUAUGGUCAAGAACUAGUGGUGUUUGCACUGAUAGGGAUUUGUGGUGGCGUGAUGGGGGCUCUGUUCAACGAAAUCAAUUUUAGAGUCACACUGUUUCGUAAACGAUAUAUAAAAUAUCGAAUUCUGAAGGUGCUGGAGCCAAUACUGCUUGUAUCUAUUCUUGUAACUGUUGGGAUGCUGCUUUCUGUCAUUACUUCAGAAUGUCAUCCAAAUGGAUUUGUUUCAGAAAUAAGACCAGUUCAGUUACAAUGUAAAGACGGUUACUACAAUGCAAUGGCGUCACUGUUUACGGCAACAUCAGAAGAGUCUAUUAGAGUGCUGUUUCAUGCUCAACCAGGAGCCUAUAACUUGGCCACAUUGGGGAUAUUCUUCUGUGUCUACUUUUUGUUGGCUUGUUUAACAUAUGGCUUGGGUGUUCCCAGCGGACUCUUUGUUCCCUGUAUCCUGACUGGUGCUACAUUCGGUCGUUUUGUUGGUGUUGUUGUACAUCUGGCAUUUGGAAAUGGAGCUGAAUGGUCUGAUUCUGGGAAAUAUGCUUUGAUCGGUGCUGCUGCUUUUCUUGGUGGUGCGCUGCGAAUGACCAUUUCUCUUACUGUUAUUAUGAUUGAGGCAACGCAGGAUGUUGCGUACGGUCUUCCCAUUAUGGUUGCAAUUGUGAUUGCCAAGCUGGUUGGCGAUUUGUUCAAUGAGGGUAUUUAUGAUAUUCACAUACAACUGAAGAGUAUACCAUUGCUACCAUGGGACCCACCUGAUCAAACUAUAAAAUAUUCAGCAAGAGAUAUCAUGAGCACUCCUGUUGCAGUAUUUCGUUGUCGAGAAAGAGUGGGACACAUUUUUUAUGUUUUAUCAACUACAAGUCACAACGGGUUUCCUGUUGUUGAUCUUGAUGAAGCAACAACUUAUAGUAGAUCAUCUGAACAAAGAACAUUUGGUCGUUUUCAGGGAAUGAUACUGCGCUCCCAGCUGAUUGUUCUUAUGAGUCAAAAGAUAUAUGAAGAUGAGGACACACCUUCUCAGCUAUCGCACUCUGAGUUGUCAGACCGAAGUUUCAGUGGACUAUGUACUCUUGACUUUCAAGAUAUGUAUCCUAGAUAUCCAUCUAUUCAUAGUAUCAGCGUGAGCCCAGCUGAGAGCAAGAAGUACAUGAAUUUAUUGCCAUUCAUGAACAAGGGUCCAUACACAGCAUACAAGGGCUCAACAUUUCCUCACAUAUUCAAACUAUUUAGAGGCCUUGGUCUUCGCCAUGUUACCAUAGUGGAUGAAGAGAAUCAGGUUGUUGGCAUAGUGACAAGGCAAGACCUUGCUCGAUAUCGCAUGGGUCAUGGACAGCAUGGUGAGGUGUAUAAACUCCCAAUACUACAAGAUCAUUGAUGUUGCUUUCACUGGAAACACAUCAUCAAUGGGAAACCAUAAUUCAGACGUAUGCAUGAUAAAUUUAACAAUUCAAAACAGAAGUCUGUCUAUUUGAUUUAUUUAAUUAAUUAUUACACUGUACAACAGUGUCUUAGCUUUAGUUAUUGUGAUGCGUUCUAAAUUAUUGGAGAUAUCUUCAGAAAUGGAAUUGGGGUGCUCUCUCUGGUCUGGAA